AUGGUAAAAUUAGUUAUACCGGAAGAAGCUGAGUUAAACCCGGAACUCUAUGGACUUAGGCGAUCUCGUCGUGAGAGACAUGCACCUUCCAUUGUAGAAGAAAGUGAUUCCGACGAAGACGCUGCUCCAAAAAGAAAGAAAAAGAGAACAACCCAUCAUGACGAAUAUAGUGAUGGGAUAGUAGAAGAUGAUGAGGAUGAGGAAGAGGAAGAUGAAUUUGAUGACGAUGAAGAUGAUGAAUUUGUUGUAAAUCAUAAGAGACAUACUCCUAAAACGGCACAUACCAAAAAGCAUAAAAAGAAGAAAUUAACCCAAUCCCGGACUUCAUCAUCUACGCCGCAAGAGAUUAGAUUUUCAUCUAGAAAUAAUAAACAAGUUAAUUAUAAUGUCGAUUUUGAAGAUGAUGAAGAUCUUCUUGAAAGUGAACCAGAAUUCGAUGAAGACGAUGAAAAUGGUGAUUAUUACUAUUAUCAACAAGCCAAUGAACAACCUGAAGAUGAGAGAGGUAUUGACCUUGUAAUGGAUCAUAAACUAAAUGAAGACAACGCUGAACUAACGAAUGAACCUAAGUUAGAUUAUCUAUUCAAGAUUAAAUGGACCGAUGCAUCUCAUUUACAUAAUACAUGGGAAAAGUAUCAAGAUUUAAAAGACUUUAAAGGUUUUAGAAAAGUAGACAAUUAUAUUAAGCAAUUUAUAAUGUAUGAUCUCGAAAUACGAAAUGAUCCAUUAACCACCAAGGAAGACAUCGAGGCCAUGGAUUUAGAAAGAGAAAGAAGAAGAGAUGAACAAGAGGAAUAUACGCAUGUUGAAAGAAUCGUUGAUAGUCAAAGAAUUGAAGAUGAACAAGGUGAGAAUAAAUUGAAAUAUUUCGUUAAAUGGAGAAGAUUAUAUUAUGAUGAAUGUUCUUGGGAAGAUGCUGAAGAAAUUGCCAAUAUUGCUCCUGAUCAAGUUUCAAAAUAUCAACAACGAUUAAAAUCAAAAAUCUUACCUAAUCUUUCUGCAAAUUAUCCACUUUCUCAAAGACCAAGAUUUGAAAAAUUAGUGAAACAACCAGUAUUCAUCAAGAAUGGGGAAUUGAGAGAUUUCCAAUUGACAGGUUUAAACUGGAUGGCUUUCUUAUGGUCCAGAAAUGAAAAUGGGAUCUUGGCUGAUGAAAUGGGUUUAGGUAAAACAAUUCAAACAAUUUCAUUUUUAUCAUGGUUAAUCUUUGCAAGAAGACAAAAUGGUCCCCAUUUGGUUGUUGUUCCAUUAUCGACCAUUCCUGCUUGGCAAGAAACUUUUGAAAGAUGGGCACCUGAUGUUAAUUGUGUUUAUUAUUUAGGUAAUGGUGAAGCUAGAAAGACAAUUAGAGAUUAUGAACUUUAUACUUCAAAUGGUAAACCUAAAUUCAACAUCUUGUUAACUACAUAUGAAUAUAUUCUUAAAGAUAGAGUUGAAUUAGGUUCAAUCAAAUGGCAAUUCUUGGCAGUUGAUGAAGCUCAUAGAUUAAAGAAUGCAGAAUCAUCUUUAUAUGAAUCAUUAGUAGGGUUUAAGGUUGCAAAUAGAUUAUUAAUUACUGGUACUCCAUUGCAAAAUAACAUGAAGGAAUUAGCAGCAUUAUGUAAUUUCUUAAUGCCAGGUAAAAUUAAUAUCGAACAAGAAAUCGAUUUUGAAACCCAGGAUGAAGAACAAGAACUUUAUAUCAAAGAUUUACAAAAGAAAAUCCAACCAUUCAUAUUAAGAAGAUUAAAGAAAGACGUUGAGAAAUCAUUACCUUCUAAAACAGAAAGAAUUUUAAGAGUUGAAUUAUCAGAUAUCCAAACUGAAUAUUAUAAGAAUAUAAUCACUAAGAAUUAUGCUGCUUUGAAUGCUGGUGCUAGAUCACAAAUUUCAUUAUUGAACAUUAUGAGUGAAUUGAAAAAAGCAUCCAAUCAUCCAUAUUUAUUCGAUGGAGCAGAAGAAAGAGUCUUGUCAAAAGCCGGUUCUGCAUCUCGUGAUAAUAUCCUCAGAGGAAUGAUUAUGUCCUCGGGUAAAAUGGUCUUAUUGGAACAAUUAUUAACUAGAUUGAAAAAGGAAGGACAUAGAGUCUUAAUCUUUUCACAAAUGGUUAGAAUGUUGGAUAUAUUAGGGGAUUAUUUAUCUAUCAAAGGAUAUCAAUUCCAAAGAUUAGAUGGAGGUAUACCGUCCGCACAAAGAAGAAUUUCAAUUGAUCAUUUCAAUGCUCCUGAUUCUAAAGAUUUCAUAUUUUUAUUGUCAACUCGAGCUGGUGGAUUGGGUAUUAAUUUAAUGACGGCAGAUACUGUUAUUAUAUUUGAUUCUGAUUGGAAUCCACAAGCUGAUUUACAAGCGAUGGCACGGGCUCAUAGAAUUGGACAAAAGAAUCAUGUUUCAGUUUAUAGAUUUGUUAGUAAGGAUACUGUGGAAGAAGAGAUUUUGGAAAGAGCUAGAAAGAAGAUGAUUUUGGAAUAUGCUAUUAUUUCUUUGGGUAUUACUGAUCAGAAUUCUAAUAAGAGUAAAACAGAACCUUCAAGUAGUGAAUUAAGUCAUAUUUUGAAAUUCGGUGCUGCUAAUAUGUUUAAAGAUAAUGAUAAUCAAAAGAAAUUGGAAGAUUUGAAUUUAGAUGAUGUUUUAAGUCAUGCUGAAGAUCAUAUUACAACUCCAGAUUUGGGAGAAUCUAAUUUAGGUUCUGAAGAAUUUUUGAAACAAUUUGAAGUGACUGAUUAUAAAGCAGAUGUUGAAUGGGAUGAUAUUAUACCUGAAGAUGAAUUAACUAAAUUGAAAGAUGAAGAAAAGAAGAAAGCUGAUGAAGAAUAUUUACAACAACAAAUUGCAAUGUAUUCAAGAAGAAAGGCAGCUGUUCUUAAAUUUGAAAAUGGAUCCUCUGUUCCAAGUGAUGCAGAAGUUGAAGAUGAAGAUGAUACUAGGAUUACAAGAAGAAGAAAUGCUAGUGAUCAUCAAUUAUCUGAAAAGGAAAUCAGAGGUAUCUAUAGAUCAAUCUUAAGAUUGGGUGAUUUGAGUGGUAAAUGGGAACAAUUAGUUGAAGAAGGUAGUAUCACAAACAAGAACCCGGUAUUAGUUAAACAUGCAUAUAAUGAAAUUAUCAACACUUCCAGACAAUUGGUGAAAGAAGAAGAAGCUAGACGUACUCAAGCACUCGCGGAAUUGGAGAAAAAAGCCAAGGAACAAAAGGAUAAACCUCUUGAACCAGGUGAACCAAACCCAACUGCAUUAUGGAUUGCUAAAAAGAAAGAGAAGAAGGCAGUUUUAUUUGAAUAUCAAGGUGUGAAAAAUAUCAAUGCUGAAUUGGUAUUGAAUAGACCAGUUGAUAUGAAAUUAUUAGAAAAGAUUGUACCAAAAGAAAAUCCAAUGAAUAUUCAACUUCCUAGACAACCUAAACAAGUUCAAGCUUGGACUUGUGAUUGGACAGCUAAAGAUGAUGCUAUGUUAUUAGUUGGUGUUUAUAAGUUUGGAUAUGGAUCUUGGGUCCAAAUUAGAGAUGAUCCUGUCUUAGGAUUACAGAAUAAGAUUUUCUUAGAGGCUGCCCCAAAUCCAAAAGAUAAGGCGAAAUUGAAAGAUGCUGCCAAUAAAGAAGAAGAAGCUGUUAAUAAUAAGAAUUCUAAGAAAGUUCCAGGUGCUGUUCAUUUAGGUAGAAGGGUUGAUUAUUUGUUUACAUUACUUCGGGAUGAAGAACCUGAAAAUGCGGGUGGAUCAACACCUGUACCGGUUAAGAAGAGAGUUAGAAAGCCUAAAUCUGCAACUCCAAUACCUCCAACAUCAGUAUCAGGUCCUUUGAAAUCUAAGAAACCAAUCAAGAAUGAAUCUCCUGAAAUGACAUUUAGAAAGAUUAAACCAAAGAGACCACUUGGUCCUAAACUUCUUUCACCUGAAACCCAUCAUCAUCGUUCUCCUCAACAUCAUAAUCAAAAUGAUCAUCAUCAUGCUCAUGCUCAUCCUCAUCGUCAUCAUGAACAUGGACAACAUGAGAAUUCUCAUCAUCAUAAGAAAGAAGCUCGUAAAUUGGAAUAUGACAGUAUGGAUGAAGCUCAAUGUAAAUCUACAAUGCAACCAGUAACUAAAUCAUUAAGCAGAUUGCAUAAGGGAAGUAAAGGAUUAGACAAACAUGAAUGGGCUAAGAUAUUAAAAAGUGAGUUAUUAACAAUUGGAGAUUUCAUAGAUAAGGAAUCCAAAAAGUCAUCUUCGGUUGAAAAUGGAGAAACAGUAAAGAAACAUCUUUGGUCAUUUGCUGGUCUUUAUUGGCCAUCAGUUGUUCCAAGUAAAAAAAUCAGUGAAAUGUAUAAUAGAUUAAAAACACAAGCUAAACCAUCAUCCAAUUGA